AUGUGUCGUUUUUGUGAACCGUCAAAAUCGGAGGAGACUAAUCCGGGUGUUUGUUUAGCCAAGCGGCCUCGUAAUCUCGCGUGGAAUUUUAUGGAGCAGUUCCCAAAAUGGAUACGAAAGGAACUGUUGUUAGCGUAUCGUCAAAAUGGUCUCAAGUCAUUAUUCGAAUGGCAAAUGGAACUACUCUCAAAAAGUGAGCUACGAGAACCUGAAUAUGCAAAUUUACUUUAUUCAGCUCCAACAAGUUCUGGUAAAACGUUGAUAGCUGAGCUGAUAGCGGUGAACACAGUGUUAAGUGCUCACAAAAAAGCACUCUUCAUAUAUCCAUAUAUAUCGGUUGCACGUGAAAAAUUCAUCUCUUUACAGGUAAACCUACCACUUGAUUAUCGUAUCAUUCUUUUUAUGUUCACAUAUCGUUAUACCUAUUAA